CGCAUCGUGGGACGUGCCCAGUUCCCUGAUUUUCCAGCGUUCCAAAUUAAAAAAAAUAUAUUUAGUGGCAAAUGAUUCUUCUUAGUGCUCAGGCGCAUCUUGGGACGUGCGUGCCCUCUUCAACCUAAAUAGUUCAGUGUUCCAAAUUUAAAUUAUUUUAUUACUAUUGUGUAAGUGGCCAGUAACUCUUCGUGAGGAAAAUUAUGAUGUUUAAGCAUAAACCAGUAAUUUGAAAUGUAUAAUUCAAAAUGGCGACAUCUGUACUCCAGCCCGGCGAAGAGGUGCUCCAACAUGAACCCAAAUCGGACUUGGACUCCAGAGUGUCUGAAGAUGAGAGGCGCCAAAUCCUAGAAGCCAAGGAACGCGAAACUGGAGAGUUGCCACAGGAAUUGCGGGAGAGAGCCAGAAGAGAGCUGAGAGAGGAGCCCGGGCUGAGAGACCAGGCGCUGGCGCAGUUAAGACAUUUCAUUGAGAAGCACCCGGCUAUUCGGAAGUGUAGAACUGACGCGCCGUUUCUCUUGCGAUUUCUGCGUACGAAGAAGUUCUCCAUACCCCAAGCUUGUUCCAUGCUCGAGAGGUACCUCACGAUACGGCAGAUGUACCCUCAGUGGUUCCAGAAAUUGGAUCCGCUUGACCCUAAGAUAGCAGCUGUUAUAGACGCCGGGUACUUAGUCCCGCUGCCGAAGAGAGAUGCCGAGGGAAGACGGGUGGUGUUGUCUUGUAUGGGCCGCUUCGACCCCCACCUGUACGACAACUGCGUGAUGGCGCGCGUUCACUCCAUGAUCGUGGAACUUUUGCUUGACGAGCCCCGCUCUCAGUUACUGGGCUACAGCCACGUGAACGACGAAGCUGGUAUGCAGAUGCCGCACGUCAGUCUGUGGUCCCUCACUGAUGUGAGAAUCAUGUUGAAUUGCAUACAGAAUUCAACGCCAAUGCGUCAUAAGCGGACUCACUUCGUGAAUAUACCCAAUUAUGGAAUAAAAUUUUUUGAGUUUGCUGUAUCUCUGUUGAGUGAUAAACUAAAGGACCGUGUAAUGUUCCAUCGCACAGCCGAGGACCUCACAAAGCAUGUUGAUCCAGCUAUACUUCCAAAGGAGUAUGGCGGAACAGUGCCAUUAAAAGACAUGAUCGAGGAAUUGAAACGAAAGCUUUUAAAACACAGAGAAGCUCUUUUAGCUUUAGAUGAUAUGUGUAUCGAUCUUUAUGCGCUAGGAAAGAAUGACCUCACUCAAGAUAUACAUUCAACAGCCGGAUCUUUCCGAAAACUUGAAUUAGAUUAAAAUUUAGAUUCGUUGUAAAAUCUUAUAAAUAUGUUUUAAAAAUUUAUGCAUUAAAAGAUGUGAUUGAAUUAAAUAUUAUAUAAUAAAGAUUUUUACGAUGAGAUUUCAUAAUUUGUAAAAUUUUCAGGCAGGCCUUAUUCUCACCUAAUUUGAGAAAAAAAAACAAAUACUUUAUUUUAAGAUAUUAGCGUU